CAUAUACCUAGGUAGUCAGUAGGUGCCUACUGAAAAUAAAAGUAGUAGCUCGUUAAUAUAGUAUAUGAGAGAACGUCGCAAUAAAUAAUAAAAAACAUGGGAAGUUGGGCAUGUAUUACAUGUGCAUUACUAAUAUUUCACUUCUUAGCCAUUAAUGAAGCAACCGUUGAAAACAGUAUACCGUUCAUCAGUAAAAUUUACAAAUGCGUAAACCAUAAGUGUAUAAUAAGCGAAUUUCAAAAUGAAACUAAAGAAAUUAAUGAACCCAAUGAAUCAUUGGACGUUUGUCGAUUAACCUGUGGACAAUAUGGGUCACUUUGGCCGAGGCCGACUAUAAUGACUACAAUAAAAAAUUCAGUGAUUGAAUUUGGACUUGACAAUGUUGUGUUUAACUUAUCAUCCGUGGUCGAUGAACUCGGAAAACAAUACAUGGAUGAAGUGUCUCAAGUCUUAAUGUCGUCGUUAAGAACAAUUUGCAAUCCCCGAUGUACUCCAAACGACAACAACUUGACUGUGUUCAUAACCACGACCACUCAUUUUACUAAUAUUAAGUGGUCGACGAACGAAAGUUAUGAAUUAAACAUUUCCACUAAUUUAGACCAAAUCACUGCAAACAUUACAGCACGGACCGUGUACGGUGCUAGGAACGGAUUGGAAACAUUACGACAGUUGAUAGUAGCGUACGGUCGGCCUAAUUUCAACGACAAGACACUGGUAGUGGCUAGAGAGGUACAAAUAGUCGAUGAACCGGUGUACGCGCAUAGAGGAUUCUUGUUGGAUACCUCGAGGAAUUAUUUCCCAUUAUCGGCGAUCAGAAGAACGAUCGACGCUAUGGGUCAUUCCAAACUCAAUGUAUUCCAUUGGCACGCCACCGACUCUCACAGUUUUCCAUUAGAUUUGCCUAGUGCUCCGCAAAUGGCAAGAUAUGGUGCAUAUAGUCCCGAAAAAAUAUACUCACACAAAGACAUCAAAGAUCUUCUGAGGUAUGCAUUAGUUAGAGGAGUGAGAAUUAUCAUGGAAAUCGAUUCGCCAUCACACGCGGGUUACGGAUGGCAAUGGGGAAAAGAUGCCGGUUAUGGAAACAUGGUGAUCUGUCUGGGAAACCGUCCAUGGGAGGAUUAUUGUUUACAGCCACCGUGUGGACAACUAAAUCCACUAAACAAUCACACGUACACGUGGUUAGGAAAAAUUUAUAAAGAUUUGGUCAGCAUAUUUCCCAAAGGAGAGGCAUUCCACAUGGGCGGCGACGAGGUCGCCGUGCGGUGUUGGAACACAACAGACGAAAUCGUCGAUUGGAUGAAAUCUAACAAUCGAAGCUUAUCUGAAAGCGCAUACCUGGAUCUAUGGUCCGAAUUCCACAAUAAAGCCUUAACUGUAUACGACGACAAAGUCGGCGAUUCAAAUUCGGACAUAAUUGUUUGGUCUAGUGGAUUGACCGAUCCAAGUAUCAUAGAAAAGCAUCUCGACAAAAAACGAUAUACCGUGGAAGUCUGGCAAGGCAAUACAGUUUCGGUUGAUUUAGCAAACUUAGGCUAUAAAGUAAUUGUGGCCGUAGAAGAUAUCUAUUACCUGGAUCACGGAUUGCGGCCGCCGACCACUUACCAUUCGUGGAAGGUUAUUUACAACAACAAAUUGCCAAUGGCCAAUAAUUCUAAUCUCAUUUUAGGGGCAGAAACCUGUAUGUUUUCCGAAUUCGCCGACGAUUUUAAUUUGGAUAUUAAAGUUUGGCCGAGAGCUGCAGCUUUAGCUGAAAGGUUAUGGUCGGAUCCGCCCACUAACGCUUUGGCUGCCGAGUAUAGACUAUUGCAACAUCGUGAACGACUUAUAUCAUUAGGAAUCAAACCGGAUAGAAUUACUCCAGAAUGGUGUAAUGAUCGUGAAGGCGAAUGUAUUAUUAGUUAUUGAUAAUUCAAACGUAAAAAUUAUAAAUAAUGAAGUAGGCUAAAUGUUAUGGUAUUUUGGGAUUUCAAUUUUUAAAGUUUCAAUUGCUUAAGAAUUAUAUUAUGCAUACAACACCAUAACUAUUUACUGUUGCACAUUUUGAGCAAAAAAUCGUCGAUCGCAUUUUUUUAUAAUGUGAUAUAGCAUUUCUUAACGUACUGUAAUUAUUAUGAUGAUUUAAAAAAUUGUGAAUCGUCAAAUUUUUUUUAAGAUAUGGUAGUUAAAACAUACGUCUUGUAAUUAGCGAUUUUUUUCUCUGCAAUGGAGAAGUAAAAAUCGGCGAUAAUAAAAACUAAAUAUUUCUUAGACUAAUUAUAACUCCUACUACCUAUAUUUUAACUCCCUAUUUUCUAGGUAGUUGACAUUAUCUUGUUUCUCUAAAGAAUUUUCCCGAUAUUUUAAUUUUAAAGCAAGUUAUAUGUACGUUUGUAUAUUAGUUUUAAAAUUAAAAUAUAAAAUUGGUUAGUUCUUUAUUUUAUUGAAUUCACCGGACGAAACUAAACAUGAAUGUAAAUUAGCCAUCAUACGUGUCUGUAAGGUUGAGAAAAAUUUACAAUAAUAAUUAGCUCCAUGUUUCCAUAUUGUAACCGUGAAUGAGCAUAAUUUUUUCUAAAGACAUUUUAAAUCUAAAUUAAGACGUAACUCUACAUCUUUCAACUUUGAAUAGGUAACGAUAUUCAUUAAUUUGUUAUUAUUCGUAAAUAUUCGUGGGAAUAU